UAGACCAAUAAACAUCGCGAAGUGUUUCUUUAAAAGUGAGGAUUUUAUCACAACAAAGCAAAAGGUGCAUUGGCGAACGGAAGCUCGUUGACAUAAUUCUAGUGAGAAGAGGCGCUGGCUCAAGUCGCAACAAUAUCAAACAGUCAUGAACACCGCUUUGUCAAUGUUGUCAGUGCUCCUCCUUUUUGGCAGCACAUAUGCUACUGACCAAAAUAUUACAGAAGGAGACGUACAAGUGAAAAUACGAGGACAAUCUGGGAAGAUCUCCUUUUCCAAAGGAAAUGCAACAGUAACUGUCAACUUUGACUACAUCAAAGAAUUGGAUAAGGAUGGCAAUGAAGUUGGUGCAACGGGUAAAAAGAAGCAUUCAAUCAAUACCUUUGCAAGAGAAUCAUUUACCUUCAAAACUUCUGGUUUGAGGACAGAAUACCAAAACAUCUCUGUCAAGCAUACCCAAUUUGAAGCAACAAUUUCUGGUCCUGGAGCAAAACUCACUGUUGAUAUCUUCAUCUUUAAAGAAAGUGGCAAUGUUUCUACUUCUGAAAAUGAAACCCUGGAAGUAAAACCAGGCACAAUCAAGUUCAACAUUAUGUUGGGAAAUUGGUCAUUCUGUGGAGGACCUGAAGGUGAUAACUGCAAGAAAGGGGGUUCUUCUGAAAUUGGUACGCAAGUUGAGUUUGGUAUUGAGAUCAAGGGUCGAAACAAACCAUCAAAGAAAUCUAAAGCAAAAGGAAAGGGUCGUAAAGUUGAAACACUAGAUUUGGGUGAUGCAGAUUGUACUCUUAGUGGUGAGGUUAAUGUUGAUGGCUUCUGGGAAGAAAUGGUUUCCUCAUACCCAAAAGUUGAAACCAAAGGAGGAAAAACCUUGUUCCAAUUCCGUUUUCCAAAAUUCAAUUCAUCUGUCAAAUAUGAUCCAACUGUUGAAUUGUCUGAGGGAUCUUCUUCAGGAGACAAUGGAACUGUUAUUGUUCCUGACAAAAACAUGACUGAGGGGGACAUUGAAGUCAUAAUUCUUGGACAAUCUGGCAAGAUGACAUUUAAAGGAAAGAAAAGUUCCGUCACUGUAAACUUUGACUACAUCAAAGAACUUGAUAAGGAUGGGAAUGAAGUUGGUGCAAGUGGCAAAAAGAAGCAUUCAAUCAAUACUUUUGCAAGAGAAUCAUUUUCUUUUAAAACAGCUGGUAUGAAAACAGAAUACCAAAACAUCUCUGUCAAGCAUACCCAAUUCGAAGCCACAAUUUCUGGUCCUGGAGCAAAACUCAUUGUUGAUAUCUUCAUCUUUAAAGGAAGUGGAAAUCUUUCCACUUCCAAUAAUGAAUCACUUGAAGUGAAGAAAGGCGACAUUAAAUUUAACAUAAAGCUAGAAAGUUGGACCUUCUGUGGUGGUUCUGGAGGAGACUCUUGCUCGAAAGGAGGUUCUUCUGAAGCUGGUACCCAAGUUGAGUUUGGUAUUGAAAUCAAGGGUCGAAGCAAGCCAACAAAGAAAUCUAAAGCAAAAGGAAAGGGUCGAAAAGUUGAAACCCUAGAUCUGGGUGGUGCUGAUUGUACUCUUAGUGGUGCAGUUAAUGUUGAUGGCACUUGGCAAGAAAUGGUUUCCUCGUACCCAAAAGUUGACACCCAAGGAGCAAAAACUUUGUUCAAAUUCCGAUUCCCAAAAUUCAGCUCAUCUGUCACAUAUGAUCCAACAGUUUCACUGUCAUCAGACUCUUCUUCUGGAGGCAAUGGAAGUGUUGUCAUUCAAGAUAAAAACAUGACUGAAGGGGAUAUUAAGGUCAACAUUCUUGGACAAUCUGGCAAAAUGCAGUUUAAAGGAACGAAAAGUUCGGUCACUGUAAACUUUGACUACAUCAAAGAGUUGGACAAUAGUGGAAAUGAAGUAGGUGCAACUGGCAAAAAGAAGCACUCGAUCAAUACAUUUGCAAGAGAAUCAUUUACCUUCAAAACAUCUGGUUUGAAAACAGAAUACCAAAACAUCUCUGUCAAGCAUACCCAAUUUGAAGCAACGAUUUCUGGUCCUGGAGCAAAACUCACUGUUGAUAUCUUCAUUUUCAAAAACAGCGGCACUGUCAAAACUUCAAAUGAUGAGUCACUUGAUGUAAAGAAAGGAACAAUCAAGUUCAACAUAAAGAUAGAGAGCUGGACAUUCUGUGGAGGAGCUGGAGGUGACACUUGCUCAAAAGGCAGUUCUUCUGAAGUUGGAAACCAAAUAGAAUUUGGAAUUGAAAUUAAAGGUCGCAGCAAAGCAUUAAAGAAAACCAAAGCUAAAGGAAAAGGUUCUAAAGUUGAAACACUUGAUUUGGGUGACGCAGAUUGCACACUUAGUGGAGAGGUCGAUGUAGAUGGAACUUGGCAAAAAAUGUCAUCUGGUUUCCCAAAAGUGGAAGAGAAGAACAGCAAGCAACUGUUUAUUUUCCGGUUUCCAAAAUUCAGUUCAUCUGUCAAGUAUGACCCAACCAUUGACAUGGCACCUGAUAACUGGCCUUCUGACUCUGCCUCUGGCAUGCAAAUUGGCAUUUUAUCUACCGUUAUGGCAAUUGCUGCACUUUUGAGACUGCUUUUGCUGGGAUGAGUUUCAUGCUGACACUUCUUGUGAUUUUCGUGGGAAAUUUCCAAGUGAAAAGAUCUCAUUUUCUUGUUAUGAAGUGCAAAUAAGAACUGCUAAUAAUAAUCACAUUAUCUUUAUUUCUGAUGAGGGGCAUAUGUCAUUCAUACAUAAAUGUAGUCAUGUGAAAUCCCGUGGCCCUUAGGAGAAUACUUUUUGGGGGUGAAAUUUUAGCAGUGUGUGAGUAUUUCUUGGUACAUCAAUUCUGAGUAAUUUACUUCAUUUUGGGAGGUUGCAUAAUUUUUUAUACUGUGCUGGCAGUAGAUGUUAACAUGUUUUCUGUGAAGUAACUUAGAUAAUCAAGUAGCAAUAUUGCAUUGUUAAGAUAACAAAGCACAAGAAGUAUAGUUUAUCUUCUUUACUUUAUCAUUUAAUGGAUUGAUUUUUCGUAAUUAGAGCUUUUCAUAUAUGAAACUUAUUUUUUGCAAGGAUGUACACAAAAACUGACCUAGUUAAAUUAUCUUCUGAAACUAUUAACUUCUGAUGUAAAUUGUGACACAUGACUGAUAACAAAAUAUUUGUUACAUGAACUAUAUAACAUUAAAUUAAAUUAUUCCAAAA